AGAGCCGCGCGCAAUAAUAUGGUUGGGUACGGGUCGAUGGAGGCGAAGGUGGAGGAGGAGAGGACGAGGACGAGGAAGACCCUUCCUUCCCUCCCCCUCCUGUCUGUCUUCGUCCUUGCGGCAGUUGCCAUCUUGGCUGUUGUCUUCCUUCAUGGAAGAACUCAGGGGAGGAUCGAGGAGGUUGAGUUCCCAAAGGACAACCUCGGAGUAAUCAACGUCCUGAGGAGCUCCCAGCCAGCAGCAGCGCGUCCCAUGACUCAGAUGAUGCGCGAGGGCGCCGCUAAGAAGCAUGAGGACAAGCUUACGCUUCCUCAGCAGUAUGCAAGGAUUAUGCAGAACAUGGGAUACUUUGCGCCAUGGAGCAGGGUGAACUCCUGGGAGGACCGAGUGGCGAUCAACAACAUCAGGAAGGCCAACACUCCCCAGGCUCUUGCGAUGAGACAGAAGCAGAUUGAGAGGGAGAACGCCAAGUUCGCUCGCAAGUUCAGCACCCCUCACACCUCCCAGUACACGGGAGUCCACGAGAGCAUGGACGCUAUCUUGGACCCAAGGUUUACCCCCUGGUCCAACGACUCUCCCCGCAAGGCAUAUUACCAGGGGUACUAGAGGGACUAGUGGGUCUUGUUACGAUAGAAUUCCAUGAAUCCUGCGUUGGGUUGACG